GCAGCUUGUAGGAGGAAUACGGUACCAGGAAGUGUCAGUGGUUUUUUCCCAGAGAGCCUUUAGGAGUCCUCCAGUGAACUCUGCUCCUUGAGGCUUCACCAUUACCUGUUCUUGUUUUUCCACCCCAAGUAUUUUUGAAUCCAGCGAUUGAAGAAUGCAGAAUCCUAGGAAAGAAAUGGUUUCUCAGCUUCACAAUUUUUGUGCUGCGGGCGAUCUUCCGAAACUGAGUGCCCUUCUCAGCCACUCAUCCUCCAUCAUUAAUGAAACGGCUAAAAAUGGAUGGAGUGCUCUUAUGUUUGGUGCUAGAAACGGACACUUUGAAGUUGUAAAGAUUCUCCUAGAGAAAGGGUGUGACAAGUCCCUGGUGAAUAAAUCCAAGCAGACAGCUUUGGAUAUUGCCAAAUUUUGGGGCCAUAAACACAUUGUUAACUUACUCGCUAAUUCGAAAGGUGGACCCAGGCCUCAAUUUUUUACAAGCAACGAAGGGGAGCAGGACAUUUUUUUUUGCAGUACGUUUUUGGACAGAAAAAGUAACAAGCGGACUGACACGGAUUGGCUAAAAGCCAAACAAAUGCAGAACAGUUCUGUGUAUCUCCUUUUUUCCAACUUACAUCCUUUAGUGAAUUUAAUUGGGUCAAAAGACAGUUUACGAGAACCAGAAAUCAAACUUUGCAGACUCGGGUAUGAGGAAGUGAAGGAAUACUUGUCAAAACCUGAUGAGGUCUCUCUAGUAUUUCUUGGGGUUGAAAAACAUUUGAAUAGCCAGCAUCCCGCAGUUAACUCUGUAACCGGAGGGCAAGAUGAUGGAUUGAUUGCAUGGUUUGUCAUAAAUGUAGAAAAGAUUUCUACUGAUCAGUUUGAAAAGAAACAUGAAGGUUGUUAUUUUCUUCAGCCCCCAAUGCCUGCAUUUAUGCAGCUGGCCUACAAAGAAGCAGGGAUUUUGGCCCAAGCGAGGUCUGUUCUUGCCUGGCACAGUCGGUACAAGUUCUGUCCAACCUGUGGCAGUGGUACAAUCAUCGAAGAAGGUGGAUAUAAACGGACAUGUUUAAAAGAGGGAUGCCCAAGCUUACAAGGUGUUCAUAACACGUCAUACCCACGAGUUGACCCAGUUGUUAUAAUGCUGGUGAUUCACCCUGAUGGAAAUCAAUGUCUUUUGGGAAGACAGAAAAGGUUUCCUCCAGGCAUGUUCUCUUGUUUAGCAGGAUUUAUUGAACCAGGAGAGAGCAUAGACGAUGCUGUUCGAAGAGAAGUUGAAGAAGAGAGCGGUGUCAAAGUUGGCCAUGUUCAGUAUGUGUCAUGUCAACCAUGGCCUAUGCCGUCAUCCUUAAUGAUUGGAUGCCUAGCUGUGGCGAUAUCUACAGAAAUUAGAGUUGACAAGAUCGAAAUCGAGGAGGCUCGCUGGUUCACUAGAGAACAGGUUGUAGAUUCUGUCAUGAAAGGAAACCAUCGUUUAUUUUCGGUACCGCCAAGACAAGCAAUUGCCCAUCAGUUAAUAAAACAUUGGAUUGGAAUGAAUUCUAACCUGUAAAAUUGUAAGUGCUUCAGGCACUAUGUACUAUUAUCAGAAGCUACAUAAUUAUAAAUAAAUAUUGCAAAAUACCUAUGAUGUGAUCUAUAAAGACCUUAACAUACUGUAUCAGAAGAAAUGUCCUUUUGGGAAAUCUAUAAAAGGAUAAAUGUUUAUUUCACAUGUAGUGUUAAAGGAUGCCAAGAAUGAAAGAGGUGGGCAGAAAAACAGAGCCCCCUAAAGCAACCCCUCGGUCACUAAUCGCAAGUUACUUCAAUGUAAAAUGAACCAAGAAGGAAGCCCCCUAAAGCAACCCCUCGGUCACUAAUCGCAAGUUACUUCGAUGUAAAAUGAACCAAGAAUUAAGCUCUGUUCAUAAUCAUUGUCUAGCAGAGGACCAGAGCACUUUUUUCUGUUUUUGCUAUGUCUUUUUUUUCUCAAAAAAAUAAACAUAGGGCUUGGGACCCAUGGGAA